AGGAAAGAGUUUAAAUAAGGGCAACAGGUUUUGCCAGGUGCACUUAAAGUUAAAAGACAUCACGGCAAUGUUAAUCAUAAUACAAUUCCUGACUGCAGCACCAUCUCACGAUUUAUAUCGCCUAUGUUAAACCAUAAAACGAGGCGCAUUCUCACUUUACAAUAAACACCCGUUCAAAACAAAAAUGAAUAAGAGGAGCUAAAGAAUGGUAUUUUACGGCAAAUUACACUGUUGCAUAGUAUAUAAAAUUGCAUUUUUAAAAGUAACGUGUAUUUUAGUAGAAGCUAACAUAAUAUUGUUUGAUGCAACACCUGUUUAUCUCUCACAUUAAUUUUACAUCAUUAAUCUGAUGUCUGAUUUCACAUUACUAUGAUUAUUUCAUUGUAACUAUGCACUUCAUCAGUGCAUAGUUACAAUGGCGGUCAGAGGGUGUGACAAAAAUACAAAAUGUUUAAUCCUGAUACACUUGUCUUACCUGUACAUCUGGGUGUUGGACACACCUCUUUCUGGCUUUUGCACUAUUCUCUAUAACACUCCUUCCUUCGGCAACAUUCAGAAAUCAGGAAACAAUCAAACAGUUUUGAGAGCUCGGAUAGAAAACUAGAGGAUCUAAAUGACUGACGGACAUAAAUACUUGUGUGGACUAACAUGAUGACAUAAACGAAGGAUCUGUGGAACUGUACAGCUCUACCAGUAACUAUCAUGGGUGAAAGUUGAGCGUCUAGAGCGAGUCUGCUUGAAUGCUUACACUUGACCAAUUUCUGUGAGUUGUCUCUAUACCUAUGUGUGCGCAUGUGGUACAACACUCGCGAAUGGCGGAGUUGGAUCCUGUCUCAGGCUCUCAUGGCCUACUGCAAUCCAUGCUUCAGAAAUUACGACUGAACACUCAGACCAACAGUAGCUCAGUCACUGAUAUGCAAACAUGCAGUCCGUCUGGAGAAUGUAAUGCUAAACCACUGGAAGAUUCAUCUAAAACAACAAUUUAUCAGUUUGGGUUUUCUUCCAACAGUAAAGAGCAGGAUGGACUCGCAUCAGCCUGGAAUAAAUGGGAGAAGCCUUGGACUCAACGAUCUUCUCAUGCAUUGACUUCUGCUCCUAAACAACCGGUCAGAAGGAUCAGUAAAAACAACUCGGGAUUCUCUGGUAGACCUAAACGUCCACCGUUGGUUUGGGGGGAACACAAGCACUUUACAUCAGAGAGGACGGAUGAUGACGGACAUUUUUCUCUAGAAGGGGAAACCAGCUUAAAUGUGCCACCAUUAUACAAAACAGAAUCCUUCCCAAACCCCCCAGACCACAUAGCUCCAAAAACAACAACACAAACUACACAAUUUGAAAAACCAAAUUGGGGAGGUGCCACAUGGAGUUGGGGUCCUGGGACUGAGAGAAAUGAAAGCACCAGAUUUCAUGAGCAAUCAGGAAAUAUGCCAAAGACAAGUAGAAAGAAGUGGGGGGAGGCUAAAAGGUGGGCUCAGAAUGUGAAAGAGAGAUGGAGAGAGAGACACAGAAACACACUGACCAGACAAAGAGAUGAUGGAGAAAGACAAGCGCAGAAUGAUGUACAAAGUAAUCACUCUUCAUUAUUGGUGCCCAUCGAUGUGAACGAAACACCUACAGCACUCACUGAGACUACAGAUAUCCAUCAUGAAGAGAUCAGCACAGCGCUGGAUGAAGAUGGCCCUUGUUCACUCACCUACAUGAGAGACAGUCUGUUCUCAUUUGGAACUACUUCAGAGUGGGCUCAGUUUCUCUCAGUUAACUCCGGCAAAGCGGAUCAAUCAAGUCAGUCACUGAAAAGGUUGUCCGUGACAUCCCAUGGAUCUCUGAGCCGAAAAAGAGAGCAUUGGACAAGAAGCAGGGAAUCGUUUGAACACACAACACAAGAGAUGGAGGACGAUGAGAACGGCGGCUCUUUCACAGCUGCACAGCCUUCAAACCCUUCACCUGCAACUUCCCUCAACUUGCUCCUGAGCUCCAUCUCUCAAGACUUUGAAGAUUGCGAGACUGCAGUCAAAAAGAGGAGGAUGGAAGACACUCGACGCGUUCGAUUCUCUGAGGAGGUUAUCAUCUUACCAGAGUCUGAUGAUGAUAAUGAUGAUGAAGAAAAUGAGAACAACUGGCAAGAAGAACCUUCUCCCCGGUCUGCUUUCCCUAAGUGGAUUGUGUCUUUAAAAUCCAGAAGAGGAAAGUACAAAUUUUAACUCUCUUCACAUCUGACUCCACCUCUGAAAUUCAUAUGCCAGCAUCAGUUUGAUAUGCCAUUACAUUAAAUGAAU